AUGAAGAUCAUCAGCUUCCUUCUUGGGCACAUUUCUUUGGCUGCCAUGUGCCCAAAGAAAUGCCAGUGCCCGGGGCAAAAUGGUCAAAACGGCCCGGAUACGGCGUUUUGUCUGGCAAGCACUGGUUUUCCAGACAUCUCCCGCUCCCCCGACUUGAAAGAUCUCUACAUUGGAAACAACCUGGAAAAGCUCCCUCCCUUGGCAGACCAGCUUCCUAACCUCCGCCUCCUGCACCUCGAAGACAAUUUGAUCACAUCCCUUUCCGACUCCUCCCUCCCGCUGAGUCUGAACGACUUGACCCUCGACGGAAAUCUGUUAGAAAAAAUCGACGUGGGAAGUCUACUCGCUGAUCAUCCUAAUCUGAAGCGGAUCUAUAUUUCGAGGAAUCGUCUUUCAACCCUUAUCGGCGAAUUUAAAAAUCUUCCUCAACUAAUCGAGCUGAAAAUGUCCGACAAUUCUCUCACAAAAAUCCCCGAUUUCCGAAAAGUCCCGAGCCUGGUCCUUCUUCACCUCGCCAAUAAUCUAAUCACUUCGAUAAACGGCAGUAUCCUUCGACUUCCAAACCUCACCCAUCUGGACCUCUCGGGCAACGCCAUCAAAUCCGUCACCAGGCUUCGUCUUCCUUCCCUAAUGGAGCUGAACCUCGCUCGCAACUCCCUCAGUUCGCUCGACGAAAGUCUUCUGAAUUCCCGCGAGCUUGGCUACCUCCAGAUCGCUCAAAAUCCGCUGGAAAAAGUUCCUGCUCAGCUUUUUCAAAAACUCUCGAAACUGAAAAACCUCGACGCUAGCUACACCAAACUCAUGGAGAUUCCUCAAAUUCCGGAUGAUAUGAUUGUCAACGAGCUUCGUCUCACCGGUGUUUCCCUGAACUGCGACUGUGACAUCCUCUGGCUGACCCAGUACGCCAGAGAUCUUGGCCACGUGACUCUUGGACUGAACGAAUUGACUUGUGGAACACCAGCGAGGUUCUCCGGCAUCCCAGUCGUCGAUUUCAACCCUUUGGAAUGCAAAGUCGAUUCCGAUUCCGACUCGAGCUCCGAAGAAGAUCCUUGCCGAAGCUGGGAGUGCAACUACGGCGCUCAGUGCGUGAUUGAAAACAACAAGCCUAAAUGCGUGUGCUACGAUGCUUGGGGUGGAGAGCAUUGCGAGCAGCUUCUGAUUGAUACGGCCAAAGUAACUGAUUUGCCAGCGAAAAUUGAAGAACCAACCAUUUGGGUGGAUGAUGUUGGACCGGCUUUUGUCGAGGUGUCUUUUGCGCGAUUGAGCUCGACCAGGGCGACUUUGAAGCUUUGGAUUGCUGAGGAAGAUGUUUUUGUGCCUUCUACUUCUGAUGUGAUUGAUUCAGACAUCACCAAGUUUAGAUACGAAGAUCUCCAACCCUCUUCCGAGUACAAGCUCUGCAUUAGCACCAACGGCCCCAACUCUUGUGCCAUCUUCAACACUCUUCCUUCUUCCACCGAAUUCCUCGAAAUCGAAUCCACGCUCGAGAGCGAAAACAACUCUCCCAACACUUCUGAGCAAAAUUCCUCGACGUCGGAAUUCAUCGGCGCCGCUGUCGCUGCUGCUGUUCUCGUCGUUGUUGUCAUCUGCGUCGGCGUUUUCAUGAAGCGAAGACAGUACACGGAAAAGGCGCAGAAGUCUUCGUAUUCCGGAGCGUCGGGAGAAGAGUGCUCGACUUGGAGAUACGCAGGCGCUGGAGGAAUGCACUGCCCGAGCACUGACAGAUCUACGAACAACAUGACCCCCGAGUCCGUUCCCUACAGCUCCUACACCGGAAACACUGGUGGCUCCGAAAACAACUACGCGGAGGUCUGCACUAACUACCAUCUCUCGCGAACCCCUCAUUUCGCCUUUGAGCCGGCACUUGCUCAGUCGACUCCUCAGCGAACCGAACCGCGGUCGAACCGAAGCGAACCGCAAUUCUACCACUAUCACCCAGAUGAAAUGUCCAAAACAUUCCACGGAAAUCAAAACCACAAUCAUCACAAUCAAUCAAGACCACUGUACACUCAUCACAACAAUACAAAUGGAUAUUACUGUGCAUAA